AUGGACAACGAACAAUCUGCGAUACAAUUGAAUGACUCCGGACUCCAUCGCCUGCUGGACCACAAGUUCGCAGAAGCAGCAGGCUUCUUUCGAGACGCUGUUUGUGUCACAAAGGCAAUCUUGAUUCACCAACAAGAUGGUUCAUCAUGUCUUCGGACAAGGCUUGAUCUGCAACUGGACUUUCUCGGUCUGGAGUGCUACCAGAAAACUUCGACACACGAGAAGUUUCGCAAUAUAAACGGAACCGAUGACAACAUGCUAUGCAAGACCGCCCUCAGCAUAUGCAGAAAAGAUGCUAACUCUGCGGCUGAAGGGCUUUGGACCAGAUCAUUUCAUGAUGCCACUAUUGCCGCCUCCGUUACUUACAAUCUUGCCAUAGCAACUCAUCUGUGGGCGCUUCACGAAGGGUCCAUCGAAAAACUACGACUGGCAUUGUACUACUAUGAAAUCGCGUACGGACUGCAAAUCCAAGAAGAAACUACGGAGUCGAGUAUACACUCGGUUUUGUCUAUAUUGAACAACGUGGCAAACAUCUACCUCGUUCUAGGAGAUCAUGGGAUAUCCAAGCUAUUUCUAGAGGAGCUCAUGGCAAUUUUGCCGCAUGUUCGACACUCGUAUCACUCGAUGAGUGGUGUCAAGAAUCAGGGUAUUUGCUGGGAAAACAUUUUGCGCUUGAUGAUGGGGCCUCCGAGUGCCGCCAACGCAGCAUGA